AUGUUUUACGUUUCUUGUAUCGUUUCGCAACUCGUCUACUCUCUAGGCGGUUCAGCAUUCAAGUCUGGAAUAGGCUCAGAGAUGAUCGAAGUUACACCUUUCUUCCACACAAUGGCAUACUCUAUCAUGAACGAAAUGAAGGGCGCUCCAGACAACGCAGUCAUUGCGACCACCAUUGUUGCAUUUGCAAUGCUGUCGAUCGUGACUGGCAUCGUUUUUUUCUCGUUGGGAAAACUCAAACUAGGAAAACUAGUUGGAUUCUUUCCUAGGCAUAUUCUUGUGGGCUGCAUUGGAGGUGUCGGUUUUUUCUUGAUCAUGACAGGAAUAGAAGUCUCUUCGAGGUUGGAAGGUGGCAUGGAAUUCACUGUGCCAGCUUUGAAGUACCUCUUUUCCAAUCAUGUAACUCUUCUUCAAUGGACUAUACCACUUGCAUUGGCCAUCUUUCUUAUCAUCUUGCAGCAUCGAUUCCACAACUCAUUACUUGUUCCAUUGUUUUUCAUUUGUGUGUUUGCUAUUUUCCACUUGAUCGUCAAAUUUAUCCCAAAAUACAACUUGAAGAUGGUGCGGGAUUCAGGAUGGGUAUUUCCCGCAGUAGAGGAUAACCAGCCUUGGUAUGCAUUCUACGAACUUUACAAAUUUCAGUUGGUGGAUUGGUGGGCUAUCUCGAAGCAGUUUCCUUCCAUGCUUGCCCUUACCUUCUUUGGAAUCUUACAUGUACCAAUCAACGUACCUGCUCUUGCAGUUACGGUGGGCAUGGACCAAUGCGAUGUCGAUCGAGAGCUUGUGGCUCAUGGGUACUCCAAUGCUAUUUCGGGCUUGGUAGGCUCGAUACAGAACUACUUGGUGUACACCAACUCAGUUUUAUUCAUAAGGGCAGGCGCUGAUGAUAGAGUUGCAGGUGUUCUUCUUGCGAUUGCAACUGGGGCGGUUAUGGUUGCUGGCCCAGUGGUAAUUGGUUACAUUCCUGUCUGCGUUGUGGGCUCGUUGAUCUAUUUACUUGGAUACGAGCUACUUAAGGAAGCAUUGUACGAUACUUGGGGAAGACUUCGAAGAAUUGAGUACACAACAAUUGCUAUAAUUGUUUUGGUAAUGGGAGUUUGGGACUUUGUAUAUGGAGUCUUGGUUGGUAUUUUGCUUGCAUGUCUCUUGUAUGUCGUUGAGGCAGCUCAAAGACCGGUUAUACGUGGGAUAUACACUGGUGUUGUCGCCCGUUCAACUGUGUUGAGGCACCCAAAACAGCAAGAAUUCUUGAAAGACGUCGGCGACCAAAUUUGUGUUGUGAAACUAGAAGGUUCAGUAUUUUUUGGUUCAAUUGGUGGGGUUGAAAGCGAGAUCAGAAAGCGAUUUGAAGGCGAAAGCUUCAAGGAAACCCCUAUCAAAUUUUUGAUUUUGGAUAUGAAAGGAGUAGCGUCGAUUGACUUUUCCGCUGCGGAAGGAUUCCGUCGUAUUUUAAAUUUGACUACUGAAAAAGGGACCCAAUUGGUGAUUUCAUCAGUAGAGGAAAACGAUAGCAUAGUUGUGGCAUUACGAGACGCUGGACUUUGGGAAAAGCCAACUGACAUGCCAAUCCAAUUGUUCAAUACGUUGAACUAUGCAUUGGAAUGGUGUGAAAACUCAUUCUUGGCUAUGUACAAGCUGGUUAAGAAGGAACAAAGAAUACCAAUCAAUCCAGCAUUGGGAAUGCUGACAUACGAAAGGCACAAGUCCAUCUCACCAACCAAUACGGGCAUCAAUAAGCUGUUGAUGGGUCAGGCGGUAGGAAUGACAUAUGGAACUCCUAGGACUAACCAAGUGUACCAAGCGGCAACUCGUACGGUCAACGAUGAGCAAAAGAUCCAAAACAAGUAUUUUGGAAGUCAAGACAGUACGUUCAAAAAGCAGCCUUUACCGUUGCUCAUGCUCACAUUUCUGGGAUUGUCGAAUAUGGACGAAAAGUUCUGGUCCCUAUUAGCAUCCUAUUUUGUCAAGGAAACCAUACCAGAAGAUAUAACUUUCUACGAUACUGCCAAAGAUAGUCCAUCGUUUUUCUUAGUGGAGUCAGGACUUAUCAGAUCGGUAUGUAAAUUUGAAAGUGACGAUAGAGAACUUCACUCUUCGAUCUUGCCCUUGACCGCUUUCGGAGACCUCUAUCAUAAAGGAUCACAGUUCAGAGACAUGGCCUACACUACAGUCAAUUACACAGUCACUUGGAGAUUGACAGAAAAGAAGCUUGCGGAAUUGAUGAAAGCUCCCGGGGGUGAAGCGCUUUACAAUGAGCUACUCAAAAUCCAAAUCAAGCUUGUGCGCGAAAGAUUUGAUACCAUGACCGCAAACUUGGUGAUUUCUGCUUAG